GGCGGCGGCCAUGGCGUCGGGCGGCCGUCCGUCCCCGCUGGACGGGCUGGAGCUGAGCUCGGACGAGGCGGAGCGGCUGAGCCGCGCCUUUGGGGAGCCGGAGUUCCGGCGGCUCCUCGGCGAGUACGCGUCCGAGCUGUCCGACCCGGACAACCGGCGCCUGUACGAGGCGGAGGUGACGGCGCUGGAGCGGGAGCGGGGCGUCGACGCCCGCUUCGUCCACCCGGAGCCGGGCCACGUGCUGCGCACCAGCCUCGACGGGACCGGCCGCUGCUUCGUCAACGUGUGCGCCAACGCUCUGCUCGGCCCGCCCCGCUGCCGGCCCGCCCCCGGCCGCGGCCAGCACUGGUCCCUGCCCCACAGCCUGGCCCCGGGCCGCGACUACGCCGGCGCCGGCGGCCGCUACACCGUCUACGACGUGGUCUUCCACCCGGACGCGCUGCGGCUGGCCGGCCGCCACCCGCCCUUCCGCCGCAUGCUGGACGCCACCGCCCUGGAGGCCGUGGAGAAGCAGUUCGGGGUGCAGCUCGACCGGACGAACGCCAAGACCCUCAAGGGCCGCCGCUACAAGGGCUCGCCGCAGGCCGCCGUGCUGCGCUUGCCGCUGCCCGGGGGGCCCCCGCCCCGCCCGGAGGAGGAGCCCGACGACGUCCUGCCCCCCUUCCCCUACCCCACCCCCUACCCGGCCCCCGCCCCGCGGCCGCAGGCCCCGCCUCCCCCGGCGGAGCCGCCCGCCGAUCCCGCCCCUACCCGGCCGCGCUACGGCAUCCUCCACCGCCACCACGUGGACCUCCAGGACUACCGCUGCUGCAGGGACUCGGCGCCGAGCCCGGUCCCGCGGGAGCUGGUGGUCACCAUCGAGCUGCCCCUGCUCCGCUCGGCCGGCCAGGCCGCCCUGGACGUGACCGACAAGGAGCUGCGCCUGGAGUCCCACCAACCCGCCUACAGGCUCCGCCUGGCGCUCCCCUACCCGGUGGACGACAGCCGGGGCAAGGCGCAGUUCAACAAGGCCAAGCGGCAGCUGGUGGUCACGCUGCCGGUGGUCGUCCCGCCGCGCCGCCCCUCGGAGGGGGGAAGGGGGGCGUCGCCCUCGGAAGGCGCCCCCGGGCCGGAAGAGAUGGCCGGAACCAUGCGCUCCCCGCCCGGUGUUUCCCCCCGAGGGGAGGAGCCGGGCGGACCGGCCGCGCCUGCGCCGUGGCGGACAGACGGGACUUCCGGUGCGUCGCUUCUGGUCCCGGCCCGGACGCCGCCUUCCUGUCAGUCGGCUGAGGGGGUCGUCGUCGCCGCCGCCGCCCGCUGUCCUCCAGGCCCCGAGGAGCCGCCGCCGCCCCACGGGGAGAGGGAAGCGCCUCCCUCCGCGGCGGCCUCGGGCGGAGCCGGGGGCCAUGAGGAGCCGCCCCUCCAAGCGGGGGGCGGGGCCCGGGAGCCCUCCUGCCCUCCCGCCCGGGCUCACCAGGACGAGGCCCGCUGCACCCUCGUCAUCCUCGUGCCUCACAUCCAACCCCACAGCCUGCGGGGCGCCCUGACCCCCCGGCAGUACGAGCUCCGCUUCGUCACCCGAGAUUUCACUCCCUACUCGGGGGUCCUGCGGUUCCCCCCCGGAAACGAGUUGAGUUCGAAAGAGCCGGCCAUUAGCUGCUCGCCAAGCAACGCCGUGAUAGAACUGGCCAAAUCCCCCGAGAGCAGGGGGCCCUGGAGAAAGUGGUAUUUUGGUCCGAACGCCCAGGCGCUGCAGGAAAGACUUUUUAUUAGUGAAGAAAAUGUUGAUGGAUUUCUGGACGAUUCCUUGGGCUCACAAGUCUUUGAACAGUCAGGCCCAGAAACCCAGCCAUUAAUUGAAGUACUCGAAGUGACUGAUGAUAAGAGUCGAAUUCAUCUAAAGUCACGAGAAGUAGAUGGCUCUCGUCAACUCGAUGAAAAAGAACAAAGAGCUAACAAUACAGGAAGAGAUGUGCCUGAAACUAAGAAUGAUAUUAAGCUUGAAACAAAUACAGAAAAUUGUAGAGCUGUCACAGACCUGGUUGAGAGAGAACAUCCAAGGGAAAGCAACAAACUCUCCGAACUACUUGGGGCAGCUAAAGAAGAGGAAGAAGAAGACGGCAGUCGAACAUCCCCCUGCGGGCGGUGCGAAUCCGCUGGUGCUUCUUUACCAGUUGCUGGAAACUCUCAGCUCCCUGAACCGAAUUUAGAACUUGAAGUCACAAAAGAAAACCAGCCCGUUGUCUCAAACGACGAACAAGAAACUUUGAAAGGAGAUACACUGAAAGGAGAGAGAGAGCUGGGUGGAGAUAGCACACCUUCAGAGCCAGCAGAUAUGUCGGCAAUUAGGCAGGGACCCGAGCUUUCAAGUAUAAAAGAAACCAACAUGCAAGAUGGAAGUGUGCAGAUUAUUAAAGAUCACGUGACUCGAUGUGCAUUCACUUUUCAGAAUUCUUUAUUGUAUGACUUGGACUAAUGGAGGGUCAGUGUGGGGUAUUAUUUUAGCUGAUUAAAGAUUAACUGAUAUGGAACACACUCCCAUGGCUCUGGUAAACAUUAACUAUACAAAAUUCAGAACUUGAUUGGCAAAUAAUGCAACUUUAUUUUCAAAAACAGUCUUUUAACUUUAAGCAAGUAACCUCGUAAAUGAUAAUUGGAAAUAAUAAACAUUGUAUUUAAAAGCCUUUAUUUUUUUUAAAGGAAUUAGUUUUCAAAUUGCCAAAAGCUAUGCAUGUAAUCCCUCUAAAUUUAGAGUUGUCAAAUCUAAAUUCUGUCAUAGAAAUGCUUUGGGUGUUUUAGAAGUAAGUUGGUUUAAGAGUUUGUAUUUAUUAUAUGAAUAAAGCCUUGAAAUUUAAAAUUUC